UUGGGGAGAGAGAAUGAGUGAGGGCUUUCCGGUCAUCAUUUUCCACCAACUCGCUGUCGCUUCCGGAAAGCCCAGAAACCCUUUUCAGUCACAGAUAGAUCGAUUAUUUAGAUACAACAAAGCGGCAAUCCACACCUGAUCGUCUCCGUGAGCAAGCCCUGAUUUUCCACGAAAGGCUUCGGGUUUGAGAUCAAGACUGCCAACCCAGAAUGGACCAAUCUUUUUUGGUUAUGCUCUCAAAUCUCCUUCACCUCCACAAUUCCUUAGAUCCCACCACCUCCCUCCUCUCCGACACCCUCUCAUCCGCCACUUCCACCGCCUCUGCCACCGCUUCUUCCGCUGCUGCUGCCUCCUCCGCCGCCACAUCACCCACAUCUCUUCUCUACUCAUCCUCCAUCGCCCCUCUCCUCUUUUUUACCAUCGCUUCUGUUCUCUCUUACAUCGCCUCCUCUCGUCCUACUCCCUCCUCACCCACCUCGACCUCUACCGCCACUCCUCCUGCCUCCUCCGCCACAGCCUCUGAUUACUCCGUUUCGGCUUUCCGAGCUCUCUCCACAGAACACAUCUGGUCCCUUGAACCUCAUCUUCGCGACGCUCACUGGCGUUCGCUUUAUGGGCUUUCGUACCCCGUUUUCACUACGGUCGUUGACAAGCUCAAACCCCAUAUCGCCAUUUCCAAUCUCUCGCUUCCUUCUGAUUACGCCGUUGCUAUGGUCCUUUCUCGUCUCGCACAUGGCUUGUCUGCGAAAACCGUCGCUACCCGCUACUCCCUCGAGCCUUACUUAGUCUCCAAGAUCACCAAUAUGGUAACUCGACUUCUAGCGACAAAACUUUACCCAGAAUUCAUCAAGAUCCCGGUUAGUCGUCGCCGCCUAGUUGAAACGACCCAGGCUUUUGAAGAACUCACUUCGCUUCCGAACAUGUGUGGAGCGAUUGAUACAAGCCCAGUGAAGCUCCAUAGCCUUCCUAACGACCAGAAAAUCCCUGCAAGCUAUAGAUGCAGAUAUGGAUAUCCCUCGGUUCUCCUUCAGGUUGUUGCUGAUCACAAGAAGAUCUUCUGGGACGUGUGUGUUAAGGCUCCUGGCGGUACGGACGAUGCCACUCAUUUCAGGGAUAGUUAUCUGUACAAUCGGCUUACCUCCGGUGACGUCGUGUGGGAUAAAGUUAUCAAUGUUAGGGCUCAUCCUGUUCGUCCUUACAUUGUUGGAGAUUGGUGUUUCCCGUUGCUGCCAUUUUUGCUCACACCCUUUUCCCCUAAUGGCAUGGGCACGCCCGCCCAGAACCUGUUCGAUGGAAUGCUUAUGAAGGGAAGGUCGGUGGUGGCCGAGGCAAUCGGAUUGCUGAAAGGGAGGUGGAAGAUUCUUCAGGAUUUGAACGUUGGUCUUAGUCAUGCACCACAAACAAUCGUUGCAUGCUGUGUGUUGCACAAUUUAUGUCAAAUAGCGAGGGAACCAGAGCCUGAGCUGUGGAAGGAGCCUGAUGAGAGUGGGCCUCAACCAAGGGUGCUGGAUAGCGAGAAGUCGUUUUAUUUCUUUGGGGAAAGCUUGAGGCAAGCUCUAGCUGAUGAUUUGCACCAAAGGCUUUCCUCGAGAUGAGGGUAUAUGACGUUCGGCGAGAAGAUUGAUGCGCAAAUAUCUUCUUAUGAGUAUGAUGAAGUAUGUAACAUUUGUAGAAUGGUUACGAGUGUGUUUCAGUUUCAAAUAACUUGAGUUUAUGAUUAUGAUGCAGUAGGAGACGAUCUGUGGCGAGAUCAAUCGUAAUGGCUGUCCUGUGAGUCAUGAAUUUGAGGGACGUACUAACUUGGGAUUGUAAUGUUUCAGGCAGAAAUAGCACAAAUGAAUGGUUAGGCGGAGUUGCAUCAGCCCAUAUUCUUAUAUAGCAUUUGUCGUCAAAGUAGAAUCUUAUAUUGCGUUUAGUAAAAUUAUAAAGCUGACCAGUUCCUUUCCUAUG